AUGCAGUGCUCAUUAUGUCAUAGACCAUCUACAGUCUGGUACUGUGCUCACUGUGUCAAUACCUCUCCGAAAUUAAUACUUAAGUAUAAGCUGGAGUUGUUAGAGAUACAUGAAGAUUUAAGCAAGAUGAGGGAUGCAGUCACUUCAACCCUUGAAAAUGCCAUUGGAAGAAGAGAGGGUAUCCUUGGGAAACAUAUGGAUAGACUGCAACAAUUACAACUGAAACGAGUUAAUGCCAAGAUUCUGUACAGAAUCAACGAGAUGGAUCGUUAUUUGGAGAGUAAGCGUCGUCGAAGAGAUGAACUAAGAGCCAUGUUGGAAACUAUCCCUUCUUCAGCACCGCCUGCGGCUUCCAGUCAUAUAACAGAGUACAAAGAAUUGCAGCGAAAACACCGACAACUGCAAACCAUAGUUUCGGCAAAUAGUAGUCUGAAAUUCCAGGAGUUAUGCCAGUGGUUCAUAGUCACUAAACGGCAGGAUACGAGAGAUAGCUUCAAAUAUCCUUAUAGCAUUCGUUUCAUUCCAAUGUGCAACAUUAGAAACUGGUAUCUGUUGAGCACAUCUCGAGAAGCUCUCCAACACAUGUGGGAAUUUGUGAUUCUUGCAAGCCAGGUACUUCUUGUAGAUAUUCCCUAUAGUUUUGUCUACACAGAAAAUCCUGAGGACCCAUGGAUCACAAUCUCGCAACUCAUCAUUAAUCUAGUUAUGAUAUUAUCUCGUUUCAAACUAGUUCAAGAGCCACCGGACUUAGCUGAUAUUCUAUAUCGCCAUGAUAUUGACGGUAUGAUAUACCAUUUGUGCACCAACGAAGAGAUGGAAUGCAAAAAGGGCACCGAAUUGCCAUCGUUUAAAAUGGUAUAUGAGUUCGUGCAAGAUCUACAGGAGGAUAGUGACCAAUCAGCAGAUAAUGGGAAUUGGAUGGUCCUCAAAUAG